AUGACGCAGCAGGUCAGCGGCUCACCGUUCCUCAAGCCAUUCUUCCUGAAGACGCCUGUCAGAGUGGUCAGCUCUCUGCGACAACGACGACACACACUCCCCGCCAGCGAGUUCAGGAACCUCACGCCACAGGACGCCAUCAGUGUGUUUGAGAUUGAGAGAGAAGCAUUUGUGUCUGUGUCUGGAGAGUGUCCACUUACCCUGGAUGAGGUGCUUAACUUCCUGAGUCAGUGCCCUGAGCUUUCUCUGGGUUGGUUUGAAGAGGGACAGCUGGUAGCUUUCAUCAUCGGCUCUGGCUGGGACAAGGAGAGGCUUUCCCAAGAGGCCAUGACUCAGCAUGUCCCAAACACCCCUACCGUGCACAUCCAUGUGCUCUCAGUGCACCGUCACUGCCGCCAGCAAGGCAAGGGCUCCAUCCUCCUGUGGCGCUACCUGCAGUACCUGCGUUGCAUGCCGGGCCUCCGCCGAGCUCUGCUGAUUUGCGAGGACUUCCUGGUGCCUUUCUACCUCAAGGCCGGCUUCAAGGAGAAAGGGCCGUCAGCCAUCUCUGUGUCCAACAUGCAAUUCCAUGAGAUGGAGUACGCGCUCGGAGGGCAGGCGUAUGCGCGGCGGAACAGUGGCUGCUAG